AUGUAAGAAAGGCACAAACAUUUUUCUUUGAAAAUAAAGAAUUUUGAAAACAAAAAUCAAGCUAUAAUCAUUGAUGAUGAUGAACCAAAGAUGUAAUAUUGAAUUUGCAAAUUUAGAUCAAAAUAAAUAAAAUAAAAUGAGUACUAAUUUGACAGUGAGAUUACUCCAUGGUUUAGUCAAAAAACAGCGUCUAUAAAACAUCCAACAAUUCGAUUUCAUAAUGAAAUCAUUGAAUUUUAUGAUUACAUAUGUCCUACAAUUGAAGAGCAUAGAAAAAGAGAGUAAGCUUUUAUGAGAGUUGAAAUGUUUGUAAAAGAGUACAUUUCAUAAGUAGAUAUCUAAGCAUUUGGUAGUUUUAAAACUAAACUUUAUUUACCUAAUGCAGAUAUUGAUAUUGUUAUGAUUGAUAAAAGCAUAUCUGCAAAAGAAUUAUAUAAAAAAGUUGCUUCAAUUUUAAUGAAAAGUGAUAAAUUUGAAAAUGUAAAUUUAAUUGCCAAUGCAAAAGUACCUAUAAUAAAAUUCUUUGAAUCUGAAUCUCAAUUUUAAUUUGAUAUCUCAUUUAAUUAAAUAGAUGGUAUGAAAUAAAUUGAUGAAAUUCAAAAAGCAUUUACAAUAUAUCCAGAAUUCAAAUAUCUAUUAAUGAUUUUAAAAUGCAUGUUGAAAUAACGUGAUUUAAAUGAAACAUACAGUGGUGGAAUAGGUUCUUUUUUACUUUUUCAAAUGAUUUUAGCAUUCUUGAGAGAAAUUAGAAAAGAUUAUAUUGCUAAUAAGAAAUAAGACCAAUUAAAAAAUAUUACAUUAGGAGAAUAUAUUGUAAAGUUCUUAGAAUUUUAUGGUUCUAAAUUCGAUUACCAAAAAAAGCGAAUUUUGAUGGUAAAUGGAGGAAGUAUUAUUAAUAAGCCUACAAUUGAUGAUAAAUUUUCUUUGAUAAGUCCAUUAGAUCCUGAUUAUGAUAUUGGAAGUAGUAGUUUUAAAAUGAAGGAAAUAUUUAAGAUUUUUUCAAAUAGAUACAAUUUUAUCUCUAAUUAUAAUUUUAAACCAGAAGAAUCUAUUUUAAAAUAUUUAAUUAAUCCUUCAGAACAAAAAUUUACUUUUAUUAAGCAAAAUUGA